AUGGCUGCCGAGCGAGUCAGGGAGGCUCGCAGGCGCGCCCAUCUGAAGGAGCGCCAGGCCGUGUCCCGCCGGCGCCAGCAGCGCCCGCUCGAUCCACCAUCCACCGUCGACGCCUCCCUCUGGGGAAGGGCUCCCCUCACUUCCGCCGCCCUGCGGGUCGAGAAAGCCCGCGAGGACGCUGCGAAGGAUGAGCGGGACGAGGUUCGCAUCCGCUCCGUGGCUCGUUCUCUGACGGAGAGCCAAGUGCGGAUCCUGGAGAAGGGCGAACACCUCGGGCGUGGGCGGUACGGCUCAACCACCCUGGUUCGCUGGCACGGGCAGGCUGCCGUGCUGAAGGAAGCGACCGUGCACAGCAAGUACGUGGACUUCAAGGACGAGUUCCUGACCCUGUGUCACCUUCUCGGUGAGGGGGGAGCCCCCCUGCCCCUGGGCCUGUGCAGGAGCCCAGUGGCCAUGGUGAUGUCCUAUGUGGGGAGCUGCACGCUCGCCAAAGCCCUUAAGCGUAGGACACUGAGCGAAGCGGAGCUCCUGGAGGUGGCGAUCUGUCUGUGUCGCCGCGUGGGGGAGAUCCAGGCCAAGGGCGUCGUCCACAAUGACCUCAAGGAGGACAACAUCAUGGUCGACGACGCCCAGAAGGUCUACCUCAUCGACUUCGGCCUCGCCACGCGGGAGGACGAGGUCGUCGGCUACAACGUGGCGAGCGGCGGGGCGCAGUGGCUGGCGCCGGAGAUCCGCCGGAGGGGACGCAGUUCCUUCGCGUCGGACGUGUACUCCGUCGGCCGCGUCCUGAAGCACGUCUACGACGCGAUGAGCAGCACCUCGGACAAGUUCAGCGCUGCCAUUGACGGCGCCACGAGCAGGGCGUCCGAGGAGCGGCCGACCGUCCGGGAACUCCUGGCGCUGCUGCGGGACCUGCGGGACAGUCCCGACUUCGAGCCGGAGCAGUUCGACAGUCCGAGCAUUUUUUGA